AUGGCGUCCACUGCUCCAGCCAGCGCCGCUCGCGGGCGACGCAACGCCAAGGCUGACGGAUUCCAGUGGGACAACCCCGGCGAAGAGCCAGUUUCACCGAGCUCCCCCUCUCGCCGCCCUUCGAUUCUCCGCCUUUCGACCACAUCGACGAUCCUCCUGCUCUCCGCGGUCUUCGUCGCCGCUCUCCUUUUCAUCGGCUUCCGUAAUUUCCGCGUCGAGGCUCCCGCGCCGCGCUCCAGCGCGUCGCGAGGCUCCUUAGACGGCGAUUACGGAAGCGGCGACGAUGACGGUUACGGCACAACAACCAAUGCGGCAGGUUCCACGUGGCCGAGCGGCAGCAAAUCGUCAAAAUUGACAACCACCGGAACGGGAGUUUCAGGCUCGUUCGGGUCGACCGGCUUAACGGAAAACUUCGGAAAGAAACCGUCUUGGGACGAAAUGUCGGAGGAUGAGGAUGACCUGGGAACCACCAGCGGCUCCAGCUGGCCGAGCAAGAGUAGCUCCGCAAUUGGCGGCGGGUUUGACGGCGGACUUGGCGCUUCGUCGAGCUGGAAAAAAGGGGCUGCCGGCAGGGGGAGCACCGGGAACUCGUGGGGUGGCGGCGGCGCGGAUGUGUUGGAUGAUGACGUGGACGCGUUCUCGAGCAGCGCGAAAAGCGCGGGAAGGUUUGGCAGUGGCGCGAUGGGCGAUCUGGGUAUGGGAGACGAUGACGAUGACGAUGGGGGAGGUUUGUAUCCCAAGGAGAAAGGCAGGGCGAGAGCAGGAGACCGGGAGACCGGGAGGGGUAUGGAGCUCGAAGGGUAUUCUAAGAGCAAUGCUGCUGGGUUCGCGAAAGGCGCGGCGGGAUAUGGUAAAGGGACGACAGGCAACACGUGGGCGCGAGGGGGCAGCGCUGGCAUUGCCACGGAGGACACGUGGCAAAGCGGGGGCAGGGGCGGCGGAAGGGGAGGAUGGGGUGGGGGAGCGGCCCAGCAGCAGCCGCAGCAGCGGGCGAUGGGGUGGGGAGGGGCGGACGCGGGGAGCAGCAGACUAGGAGGCUACGGAAAAGGGGGAAGUGGGGGCGCGGGAGGGAUGGGCAGAAUGGGAGCGGGAGCUGGGGGAGGGAGAGGAGCGGGUGGGAUGACUGGGGUUAAUGACGAUGAUGAGGAUGCUUAUGGCGGAGCAGCAGGGGGAGCACUGGGGGGAAGAAGCGGUGCUGCUGCUGGCGGGGCGUUUGGGGGAGGUGUGAGGGGAGGUGCAGCUGCGUUUGGGGGAGGUGUGGGGGGUGGUGCAGCAGCGUUUGGGGGAAGAGGCCGGAGUAACACUGGUGGCUUCGGGGGGGGGGUUCAGGGAGGCGCAAGGGCGGGGAGGGGAGGUGCGGGGGGAGGUAUGGGGGGUGGGCUUGGUGGGGGGUUGGGGGAAGGGGCGGAUUUAGACGGGGAGGAUGACAUGGGUAUGGGUACAAGCGCUGCCGGUGGUGGUCGUGCAGGCGCCACUGUGGGUACGAUGGGCGCUAUGGGCGCAGGGGGGCUGCCUGCAAGGGGCAGAAGCAGGCUAGGGGCCACGAGCGCUGGGUUUGGCGGAAUGGGGGGUAUGGGGGGCUUGGGGGGCGUUGGGGGAGCGGGUAGGAUGGGAGGGAGUGCCUCUGGUGCUGCUGGUUCCGGUUUCGGUUCAGGUAUGGGUGCUGGGAUGGUGGGAGGGGCUGAAACGGAUGAGGAUUACGGACAGAGCGGUGGAGGUGGGUUGGGGGGAGUGGGAAUGGGAGGCGUCGGAACAGCAGGGGCAGCAGGAGCAGCCAGAGGGGCGUUCCGAGGUGCCGCAGGGGCAGCAGCGGCUGGGAGAAUGGGCGGUGGGGGGAAGGGCGUAGAGGGAAUGGGCGGAGGGGGGAUGGGCGCAGAGGGAAUGGGCGGAGGGGGGAUGGGCGCAGGGGGGAUGGGUGGGGACGAUGAGAUGGGUGGGGCAGAUGAGGAGGCAGGGAUGGCAGGCGCAGGUGUUGCUGGGAGGAGCGGGGUGAGGAGCGGGAUGGCUGGUGGAAUGGGUGGUGGUAUGGCUGGCAUGGGCGGUGGUGUGGCUGGCCGUUUGGGAGGCAGGUCAGGGAGCCUCUGGCAGCAGCAGACGCAGAGGGGGCAAGCAGGAGGAGUGGGAGCCGGAGGGAUGUUUAGAGCGCGAACAGGUCAGCAGCAGCAAGGCCUUGGCCUGGGAUCCAAGACAGGGAAGGGCGAGGGGGGAGACGGCUCCUCCUCUUCCUCUUCCUCUGGUGGUGGCGGUCUGUUUGGUUUCGUCUCUCGUAUGUUCGGCGGCGGAGGGAGCAGUAAAGCGUCUGGGAAGGCGGCAGGGGAAGGGGCAGGAGAAGGAGGGGAGGUGGAGGGGUUUGAGGCGGGGAAGAGCACGGCAGAGUCAGCAGUGGAAGAUGCUCUGAGGAGCACUGAGGAGGAGGGGGGAACUGUGUUCGUCGAUGGGAAGGGCCUGCACGUUCCUAAGGGAUCGACGGUCCUGCAGGCGUGCGACGCGGCGGGGAUCGACAUCCCGCGCUUCUGCUACCACCCGCGCCUCUCCAUCGCGGGCAACUGCCGCAUGUGUCUCGUCGAGAUCGAAAAAGCCCCCAAGCCCGUCGCGUCCUGCGCCAUGCCGACCAUGCCGGGCAUGAAAAUCAAAACCACCACGCCGCUCGUCAAAAAAGCGCGCGAAGGAGUUAUGGAAUUCCUCCUCCUCAACCACCCGCUCGACUGCCCGAUCUGCGAUCAAGGCGGCGAGUGCGACCUGCAGGAUCAGUCCAUGGAGUUCGGGAGCGAUCGGGGUCGGUUCUACGGGUUUAAGCGGAGUGUAGAGGAUAAGAACUUCGGUCCGCUGGUUAAAACGGUCAUGACGCGCUGCAUCCACUGCACGCGCUGCGUGCGAUUCGCGAAGGAGGUCGCGGGGGUGGAGGACCUAGGGAUGACCGGGCGCGGGCGCGACUCGGAGAUCGGGACCUACGUGGAGCGCAUGCUCACGAGCGAACUUUCCGGGAACGUGAUCGACCUCUGCCCCGUCGGCGCGCUCACGUCGAAGCCGUUCGCAUUCACGGCGCGGUCGUGGGAACUGAAGGGGACGGAAUCCGUCGACGUGUCGGACGCGAUCGGCGCCGCGAUCCGCGUGGAUAGCCGCGGCGGGGAGGUGAUGCGGAUCCUUCCGCGCUUGAACGAGGGGGUGAACGAAGAGUGGUUGACGGAUAAGGGGAGGUUUUCGUACGACGGGUUGAAGCGCCAGCGCCUCUUUGCGCCUAUGGUUCGCAGCGCGAUUACCGGCCAAUUAGAGGUUGCCAGCUGGCCCGAGGCGCUGGAAGCGGCGGCGAAGGCGCUGGUGGGAGUUAAGGGGGAGGAGGUGCAGGCGGUGGCGGGGCGGCUCGCAGACGCCGAGGCGCUAAUAGCUCUUAAAGACCUAAUGAACCGGCUCGGGUGUGAUAACCUCCGCCCAGACGAUGGGGACUGGGUUGCGGGAGGCGCCGCGAACGCGGAUCUGCGGUCGUCCUACGUGGCAAACACGGGAUUGGCCGGCUUGGAGGACGCUGACGUGGUGCUGCUGAUCGGGACGGACCCGCGCAGCGAAGCGCCCCUCCUGAAUCUCCGCCUGAGAAAGGCUGUGAUUGGCCGACGCGCCAAAGUCGCCAACAUAGGCCCUCCCCUGGAUCUCACCUUCCCCAGUGAGGGUUUAGGGGAGGGAGCAGACGUGCUAGUGAAAAUAGCGGAGGGGAAGCAUCCGUUCUGUGAGGUGCUGGCGCAGGCAAAGCAGCCGGCUGUGAUCGUGGGCGCAGGGGUGAUGAAGCGCGCCGAUAGGGAGGCUGUGAUGGCUGCCGUGCAGACGAUCGUUGCAAAUGCGGGGGUGGUGAGGGAGGGGUGGAACGGCUACAACGUGUUGCACCUCUCUGCUGGCCGUGUGGCCUCUCUGGACGUUGGCUUUGUGCCCGGGCCCAAAGCUGCUCUCUCCAGCACGCCCCCCAAGGUGGUAUAUCUGCUGGGAGCGGAUGAUUUUGCAGAGGCGGACAUCCCAGCAGGCGCGGUUGUGAUCUACCAGGGGCAUCACGGGGACCGUGGGGCCAGCCGGGCUGAUAUUGUGCUGCCGGGGGCUGCUUACACUGAGAAGGAAGCCACAUACGUGAACACGGAGGGGCGGGUGCAGAUGACGCGGGCAGCGGUGCCGACAGUGGGGAGUGCGAGGGACGACUGGAAGAUCAUUCGGGCCGUGUCUGAAGUGGCGGGCGUGGCUCUGCCGUAUGACACCGUGGAGCAAGUCAGAGAGCGCCUGCGAGAGGUGGCUCCCCAUCUGGCACGGAUCGACAAGGUGGAGCCGCCUCUCACGCUCAGCGCUCAAGCAGGGGUGCAGCACACGCCUGGUUCUGCCCUCGCAGACCCCUUUGAGCUGCCGGUGCCCAAUUUCUACAUGACAGAUGCCAUUUCACGGGCCUCGGUGACCAUGGCUAAGUGCACAUCUGCUCGGGCCAAGCAGGCCGCACAGCCGCUGCACUGA